UUCUUUUCACGGACCCCCUUUUUUUCAUUUCACAAGCAUUUUGCCCGAAAGCCAACACAAAAAGAAAAAAAAAAGUUACACCCAAAAGUCCAAUACUUCUUCUUUCACGGACGCACCAUUUAUCUAUUAAAUGUUAUAAAUUUCACUUUUAUUAUCCCAAGAUCCGACCUUUUAAAUAUACCCACCAAAAAACCCAACAAAAAAACAUUGAAAUGUAAGCAUAGUUAAUGAUUUUUAAGGUUUUACGGCUGCCUUAGUCAAGGAUUCGUCUUCUUGAAUAAGAAAGUUUCCACCUUUUUAUACUUAAAGUUACUAGUUUUGGGUAACUGAACAGUAAAAACCUCAGUGUCUUUAUCCGGUUUAGUUGGAAUAAUGGAAGACAUUGUGUUAUUUAAACAAAGUUGGAAAUGGUUAUUAUUAGAAAGCCAUUGUUGUUUUGUAGCUUUAGUGAAGAUGGGUUGUUGUUUUAGUAAAAAAGUUGCGAUUUCGAUAGCUAGACAUUGGCCUAGUGUGUGUUGUGUGUGUUCAAGAUUGGUAAAGUUGGUUUGUUGGUUUUUGGUUCAAUGGAAAGGUUGUUUUGUCCGUGGAUCUAGAUCGUUUUUCGGUUUGGGAACUGCUGCACUUCUUGUUAUUAUAUGGUGUUGUUUUCUCAGUUUGACUUCAAUGUCUUGCCUUGUUUGUGUUGUUUUGAGUAUGGGCGUUGCUGCUUGUGCUAUCCAUUACUUAGGCCACACUCCCGGUUUAUUUAUAGUAGGUUUAAUUGCAAUUUUGGUCAUGUGGAUGUAUGGUAACUUUUGGAUCGCUGGCACAUUAUUUAUAGUCGGAGGUUACUUGUUUUCUCGGAAACAUGCAAGGUUGGUGGUUUUAGUUGCAACCUUAUAUGCUCUGCAUUGUGUAAAACUUCAAGUUGGAUGGCCAGGAGUUUUGGUAUCACUUAACCUUGCCUUCAUAUCUAAUGAUGCAUUAAACGGCAUCCUCCAAUGGUGUGACAAAAUGAGUGAAAAGACACAAUUUGAAGAGCAAAAUUUUCCAAAUUCAUUUGUUGAAGAUGAAUUUGUAGCAGAAAGUGAGUUUUUUGUUCCUGCUGAUGAAGCCGAGAAGAUGCAACCUACCGAUGAAGUGGAAACAGAAAAGGUGCAACCUACUAGUGAAACAGAAACAGAGAAGGUGCAACGUAGUGAUGAAACAAAAACAGAGAAGGUACAAUCAUGUAAAUCUUCAAGUGAACCAGCUUCUACAACUAUUAUUGUGAACAAACAAAAGGAGAUAGCAUCCAUUGCUGUGGUGAAAGAUGAUGUGAAUGCAGUUAACGAGAUGAAAAGAAUUCUUGCAUGUGUGGAUCAUUAUGAAGCAUUGGGUUUGUCUCGUUACAAGAAGAUUGAUGCCGUGCUUUUAAAAAAGGAAUAUAGAAAAAAGGCCAUGCUUGUGCACCCGGAUAAAAACAUGGGAAGUCCGAUGGCCAGUGAAUCGUUUAAAAAGGUUCAAUGUGCAUAUGAGGUUCUUUCCGAUUCAUUAAAAAAAAGGGACUAUGAUGAGCAUUUGAGAAAGAAAGAAUCGAAAACUCUGUCUCACAAGUCUCCUAGUACUUCCCAUCAGGAGAGUACUGAUUAUUGCUCUGGCGAAUCAAGGCGUAUACAGUGCACAAAAUGUGGGCAUUCGCAUAUAUGGAUAUGCACCAAUAGGUUAAAGUCGAAGGCAAGAUGGUGUCAGGAUUGCUGUCAAUAUCAUCAAGCCAAGGAUGGGGACGGAUGGGUUGAAUACAAAGGCUCCCUGAGCUUUGACCGGCCUAAUAAGGUGGAAAUACCACGAGCUUUUGUUUGUGCCGAGAGCAAGAUCUUUGAUGUUUCAGAAUGGGCCAUUUGCCAGGGAAUGGGUUGCAGGCCAAAUACACAUCGGCCAACAUUUCAUGUGAACAUGGUUGGAUUAGAAAGACCCGAGAGAUCCAACUCAAGCAGGUAUCCUUGGGAUUUGGACGCCAAAAUGGCGGAUGAAGAAGAGGAAUUUGAGUUAUGGCUUAAGCAAGCAGUGGCAUCUGGUUUAUUUAGUGAAACCUCAAAACGUAGAAAAAGUUGGGGACCCUUCAAGUUACCUCAAAAGAAAGAAAAGAAACAAUCGAAUAGAAUGUCUCAGUGAUUUUGUACACACUCUACCGUACCAAUGCAAAACCCCGGAAUAGGGCAUCGGAAUGGGAUUGGAGUUGUAGAUGAUCCUUUUGUUGUACAUAUAAGUUUAGUGGCCUAAUGUGGCUCAUGUGCAUUAGAUUGAUGUGAAGAUCAUGAAUGUAUGUUAAUAAAUUUAUUUCAUGGUACAGUGAACAUCACACCUCUUGUUCUAAUUUAAAUAGACUUUUAAAAUGCA